UACGAACACCCAUGCGGCAAUACGGCCGACCCGCCUGCGGCCUCGACACCGUUCUUAUUGAUUACCCGCUCCAGCUCCCCGUCCGGCACCGCCCAUUCCACCCAUGAAAUUCCGCGCCCUUCAACACAUCUCAGCAAUGGAUGGAUCGUUCAUCAUCUCGCUCAAGUUCGGCAUGCCGCCGCCUCCGCCGCCUGCGCCACCUCCGCCAAAUCUGCUCGCCAUGUCUCGUAAUCUCGGGUUGUUCAUCAGGUUGUUCAUCAUAUCCGGAUUGCUCAUCAAAUUCUGCGCCAUCUGCCGCAUCAUCGGAUUUUGCAUGAUACUGCUGAGGUCGGGCAUCCCGCCCCCACCAGCUCCACCACCACCUAGCAGCGAAGCGAGACCGCCGAGAUCGGGCAUCCCUCCGCCGCCUACUGCUGGCUGCGAACGAGUCGGCUCUGUGCCGUCGAGGUCUGGCUCGUCGUCGGCUACGUCGCCGGCAGACUCCUGUUCCACUUUACGCUUGGCGGUCUCGUAACCCUUCUUCAUCGCCUCGCUGCCGCCAUUGCCUUCGGCUUCGAUGCCAUUCUGAUAGGCCUCCAUGGCGCCCUUCGCAUCGCCGAGCGCGUAGCAGGCGAGUCCUAGGCGAGACCAGGCUUUGGUGUAUUUAGGAGUAUGCGGCGGCACGGUUGGAGAGGUAGAUAGGGUUUAGCGGCGCAAUCUCGAGCGCCUUGGUGUAGGAUUCAAUGGCGGAUGGGUAGUCUUUCCUUUGCAUAGCGG